AUGUCUGAUGCUGGCAUUUUGAAAGCGAAAAUCCUUGUAGUAUCGACAACGGCCUCCAAAGAUCCAUCGACGGAUGCAUCGGGUGGUAUUCUGACCAACGUCUUCGAGACCGAGGGAGCUGGAAAAUGGAAGGUGGAGGAAGUGAAGAUAGUUGGAGAUGAUGUGCUUGAAAUCCAGCGGAAUGUUACGGCUUGGACAGACGGUGAAAAUGCUGUCAAUCUCAUAAUAUCUACAGGUGGGACGGGUUUCGCGGUAUCUGAUACCACACCUGAGGCAAUCACACCUCUGCUACAUAAACAAGCCCCAGGUCUUGUUCAUGGAAUGCUGGCUGCCUCACUAGCGGUUACUCCAUUUGCUCUCAUGUCCAGGCCUGUAGCUGGGGUCAGAAACAAAACUAUCAUUGUCACCCUGCCAGGCUCGCCAAAGGGAGCUAAAGAAAAUCUACAAUCCAUACUGAAGCUGCUACCUCAUGCUUGCUCUCAGGCUGCCGGAGCAGAUUCGAGAGCUCUCCAUGCCGGAGGAAUCAAGAAGCUUGAGAAAGAUGCAGGUGUGGGUGGAUCUUCGACAAAAGCAUCAAAUUCUCAUAACCAUAAUCACCUUCAUAGCCAUGGUCACAGUCAUGGACAUGGACACGGUCAUAGUCAUGGCCACUCAAUGCCUGUCCGUCAUACUAAUGUCUCUGAAAACCCCAAGUCCAACGACCCCAGUUUAGGACCUUCACGGAGGAACCGCUCUUCUCCUUAUCCAAUGCUCUCGGUUGAUGAUGCACUGAAACUCAUUGAAGAACAUACUCCAUCGCCUCAAGUGAUAAAGGCGAAGGUUGAUGGAGGGCUAGUUGGCUCUGUCCUGGCCGAAGAUGUGACCGCCACGGAGGCUGUUCCAGCAUAUCGAGCUAGUAUUGUUGACGGGUACGCUGUUAUUGCACCCACAGACGGUGCUUCUAGUAAAGGCACAUUCCCGGUAGCUUCGAUAUCACAUGCUACACCAGGCGAAAUUGAACCUCUAGAGGCUGGUCAAAUUACACGUAUUACCACUGGAGCUCCUCUUCCUCCUGGGGCUAAUUCGGUCGUCAUGGUUGAAGAUACAGUCCUGAAGACACUGACGGAUGACGGUGCAGAAGAGAAAGAAGUCGAAAUUCUCGCUGAAGACGUGAAAGAGGGAGAGAACAUUCGUGAAAUUGGGAGCGAUAUCAAAACAGGGGAAGUAAUUCUCAAGAAAGGAGAAGAAAUAUCUGCAGUCGGUGGAGAAUUGGGCUUGUUGGCCUCGGUGGGACGGGCAGAGGUAUCCAUCUUUAAGAAGCCAGUGAUCGGUGUGCUGUCAACAGGAGAUGAGAUUGUUGAGCACUCACGACCUGGCGGUUUAAAACUUGGUGAGGUACGAGAUUGCAAUCGACCUACCAUCACUUCUGCAAUCCGAGGUUGGGGCUUCGAUGUGGUUGAUCUCGGAAUCGCAAGGGACAAACCUGGAGCGUUGGAAGAAACGCUUCGGGAUGCUCUGAGAAAGGUUGAUGUUAUCAUAACAUCUGGCGGCGUAUCAAUGGGCGAGCUCGAUCUUCUAAAGCCUACCAUUGAACGUUCUCUUGGUGGAACCAUUCAUUUUGGACGAGUUUCCAUGAAGCCUGGCAAGCCCACGACUUUCGCGACUGUGCCUGUCAAGGAUAAUUCUGGAAACCGAGUCAACAAGGUCAUCUUCUCUUUGCCAGGAAAUCCAGUUUCCGCCGUCGUGACUCUUCACCUCUUCGUUCUUCCUUCGCUCCACCACUUCUCAGGGGUCUCUCCAGCAGGAUUACCUAGAAUAUCGGUGGUUCUAGAACAUGAAUUCCGGCUUGAUCCACAACGGCCAGAAUAUCAUCGUGCUAUUGUGACUAUGAACAGGAAUGGCCUGGUCACCGCAAGCAGUACUGGAGGUCAGAGAAGUUCGAAAGUGGGUAGUCUGAAGAGUGCGAAUGCUCUGUUGUGUAUGCCCGCCGGCAAAGAGACUCUACCACAUGGUACAAGAGUCGAUGCUCUGCUUAUGGGUCACAUCAGAUCAGGACUGACUGAUCCCAUUCCAUUCCCCAAUCCUAAUUAG